AUCAAAACAAAACGACGGUGACUUUUGUAGCACAUGUCCUUUUUUUUCUGCGCUCUAUUUAGCCACGAUGUAAAUCGGUUAAUGUAUUGAAUACAAUUUGCGAAGAAAAUUUAACAUAGUGUGAAAUUCAGUUCCACAGCCUGUAGAAGAAGUGUAAUAAAAUUCUUUCAACAUGCCGUACGCCCGUAAGAAGAUGCACAGCGGCGACACACAUUUGCGCCGACGGUGGAGGCUCCGUAGUCGUAAGAAGGAUUUGGAUGAAAUCGACUCCGAUCUGAAGGACAAUUCAGAACAACUGUUGAACCAGGAGGUGGAUCUAGACAAACCGGGAUUCGCUCAAUUCUACUGCAUUCAUUGUGCCACCUACUACAUUAACGAGCGAGCUCUGCAGGAUCACUUUCGCACCAAAGUUCACAAACGCCGACUGAAAGCUCUUGAGGUAGAACCUUACACCCUGGAAGAUUCUCUGCGAGCCGCCGGACAGGGCAGUUUUGUACAACCUCAGAAGCGGAAAAUUGAAACGCAACCUUCUAAACAGCAGUAUGCCGAGGGCAAACGAAUCAAGGUGGACGAAUUGAUUGAAGAGGAAAAACCGCCGAAACAAAACUUAUCGAAGGUUCCAAAGUACGAUGGGCAGUAUGGGAAGAUAUUGUCAGAUUUGACAACCCCGGCAAAAUAAAACAAGGACUGGUUUGUUAGUUUUAUUCACAAUAUAUUGUAUAAUACAAAACGAUAUUGCAAACGUAAUGGUUGAAAAAAUGUUAUGUUUUGCGAAUUUGGCGCAGUCCUUGGCGAAA